GUUUUCUUGUUUUUUUUCUCCAAACACGAAAUUGAAAUCAACCAACAAUCAUUUUUAGCUUCGCUUUAUCUUUAUUCAGACUUAUCGCACUAUACACUCGCUCAGAAUGUCGUUAUGGGUGGAUCGAUACAGGCCUAAAACACUAGUAUCUCUUGAUUUUCAUCAAGAUGUUGCCAAUCGAUUAAAAGCUCUAGCUUCUUCGGGAGAUUUUCCUCAUCUUUUGAUCUAUGGGCCUUCUGGUGGUGGUAAGAAAACAAGUAUAUUGGCCACCUUGAAUGAAUUGUAUGGUUCAGGUAUUGAGAAAAUGAAGAUUGAUGUUAGGACUUUUACGACACCAACAAACCGUAAAUUGGAGUUUAAUGUGAUCUCCUCCAACUACCACAUUGAGAUCACUCCCUCAGAUAUGGGGAAUAACGAUAGAAUCGUCAUUCAAGAGCUAUUAAAAGAGAUUGGACAAACUGAACAGAUUGACUUUCAAACUGGCAAACAUCGAUUUAAAGUGGUUAUAAUUAACGAUGCAGAGUCGUUAACUAGAGAUGCCCAGGCUGCGUUAAGAAGAACAAUGGAAAAGUAUUCAACUAAUAUCAGGUUAAUCUUGAUUGCAGAAUCCACGUCCAACAUUAUAUUGCCAAUCAAAUCCAGAACCUUGUUGAUACGAUGCUCAUUGCCUACAAUUGAAGAAAUCAAUCGGGUUUUAUUGAAAAUUAGCAAAAAGGAAAAUUUACAAGAAAACAAUCAAUUGCCUCAGAAUGAUCGAGAGUGUUUGAAAAUAUUAAACAGGAUUUCCAUCAAUUCUGAGAGAAAUCUUAGAAAGGCAAUUUUGUUAUUUGAAUCAUUAGUAAUGAUUCACAACAAAUUGACCAUAAAUACCCCAAUAAUUGAAUUGGAUUGGGAAUUGGUUAUUAAGAAUCUAUCAAACUCAGUAUUGAAAAAUAGAUCAGUUUCAACUCUAUCGCAAUCAAGGUCAAUUUUGUAUGAAUUAAUAAGUCAUUGUAUUCCACCUAUUAUAAUAUUGAAAAAAUUGGCAUUUUUUUUGAUUUGCAAUGAGAGAAUUGAAAACGACGAUGUUAAAUUUCAAAUAGUAGAUGCUGCAAGUGUAUUUAAUGAAAGAUUAAAUCUUGGUUCAAAAGCUAUAUUUCAUUUAGAAGGAUUUUUAGCUAAAACGAUGGUUAUACUUGAAAAAAAUAGGGUUUAAUACAGGAUAAAUUUAUACAAGAAUCAAUUAAUAAGUAAGUAAGUAAGUAAGUAAGUAAGUAAGUAAACAAAUAAAUAGGAAAAAGGAUACUAAAAAAUGGUUUACCAACCUCUGUACAAUUUAUAUUCGC